AUGGUGCACAUAUCAACCAGAAAUAUCCAGGCCACCAACAUGUUCUUCUCCUCUUGGGCCUUAGUCUUCUUGACUUUUGGGGUUAUGACCAAUACCUGGGUUAAACUGAAUUCUGAAACAAAAACAAAUAUGCAGAGCCACAACCCAUGGAUACACACUACUAUUUGGCCAAAAGGUGACCUGGAAGUGGUCAGGAUCAUGAUGAUUUUGGUGCUCAGCUUUUCCUUCUUCCACAACUUAUUCCUGGGAUUGGAAUUCACCUACAUGAUUCCUCAAACUAAAUACAUCCUCUUUGUCACUGUGUUCCUCAGUUUCUUCACAGGUAUCCUUCUGCUCUCUGCACUCCUACUGUAUCACCAAAAGCUAAGGCAAGGUCGAUCUGUGUACUACUCUAGUUAUAAGAUCACCUGGAUCAUUUCCACUGCCUACUUUAGUGUUUUCUUCCUUUUUGCCUCUGGAAUCCUCUCUCUCCUAGAGUACAAACAGUCCAUGAAUAGUUGUGCCUCCAGGGCCACCAUUCGAAACUUUGCAAGAGAAAUUCAUGAUAGCGUUCAAUCUGGGACUUCUAUCCAAGUUAUUUCGUUAUCAGAAAGCACCUCCAAGCCUCGUAGUAUUGUCCAUGUACACUCUUCCAAUUCAGAUAAAGACGUUCCAGUGGCAUCACAAAUCCAAAAGCGUCGUGUAACCUGGGCUCUAUGA